UUCACGCGGUGAAAAGCGACCGGUCUUCAAUAAGCUAGUGGGGUGACACAUUUUCAUUGCUGCUGCUGAAAAGUGGAAAGAAAAAAUUCGGUCCAAAAUAAGUGUGAACCAACGCAGAACGGCCGCCGCCAUAUUGGAAAAUGGGCGGCAUGCGAAAAUUAUCGGCGAUUUUGAUUGGCUUGCUGGCCUGUUUGGUCGAAGCUAAGCGGGAAAUUCCGAUCGGUGCCAUCUUUCAAGGGACGGAUAACAUCGAACCGGAGAUCGCUUUUCGCUAUGCCAUCGAACGGGUCAAUAUGCACGAGAAACACUUCGAGCUGGUUCCGAUCGUGAAAUAUGUUUCACCGGAAGACAGUUUCAAAACGGAAAAGAAGGUCUGCGAGUUGGCCGCUGAAGGUGUGACCGCCAUAUUCGGACCCAGUUCUUUGGUUACAGCCGGAAUUGUGAGCUCCAUUUGUCGAACGAUUGAGAUUCCGCACAUCAUAACCCACUGGGAUCCGGAACCCUUGGGAGGGAUUGAUCCGGAACUUCAGUCAAUGACCAUUAAUCUUUACCCAGAAGCUGAUGUACUAUCCAGGGCUCUGCGGGAUCUCAUUGUGGAUUACAGCUGGAAGAGUUUCACGAUUAUCUACGACAGCGACGAAGGUUUGAUGCGAUUGAAGGACAUCCUUCAGAUUCAUGGUCCUGGAGAUAACCCAAUUACGGUGAGACAAAUUGAUGACGAUCCAGAUUAUCGGCCUCUGUUGAAGGACAUCCAAUCAUCAGGAGAAAGUCACAUCAUUUUGGAGGUUCAUCCGAGCAAAAUUUUGGAGAUUUUACGCCAAGCAAAGGAGGUGAAGAUGUUGGAAGAGUAUCAGAGCUACAUCAUCACAUCGUUGGAUGCUCACACCUUGGAUUUCGAAGAAUUGAGGUAUUCGAGGUCCAACAUCACUACUUUAAGGUUGAUGGACACCAAGAGCUUCGACAUUAAGAAUGCCGUCCACGAUUGGGAACAGGGUGAAUCGAGGAUGAAGCGAAUCUUUCGAGUAUCUCCGGAGCACGUUCAAACCGAGUCUGCGCUUUUCAACGAUGCGGUCAAGAUCUUCGCAACGGCUAUCCGGGAGUUGGAUGCAACUGAGGAAAUUUCUGCUUCACGACUGUCUUGUGGCAGCAAGAACUUGAGACAGUGGCCCUUCGGAUUGCGGAUCAUAAACUACAUGAAAGUGAAAACCGAGCAUGGUAUCACCGGUCCCAUCAUCUUCGACGACAAUGGUCAGCGAACGUUCUUCCAUCUAGAUAUCAUUGAGUUGAACAAGCAAGAGGGGUUCAAGAAGAUCGCAACCUGGGAUCCACGAAGUGGUGUAAACUACACUAGAAGCAUCGAGGAUGUCCAUCUGCAGAUCGUUGAGUCGUUGCAGAACAAGACGUUCAUCGUCGCUUCACGUAUUGGAGCUCCGUUUUUGACCUGGAAAGAAAAGAAAGAGGGUGAAUACCUUGAGGGCAACAAUCGUUUCGAAGGUUACUCAUUGGAGUUGAUCGACGGCAUUUCGAAGAUUUUGGGUUUCCAAUACCGCAUGGAACUUGUUCCAGACAACAGAUAUGGUUCGUACAACAAAGUCACUAAAAAAUGGGACGGCUUAGUUAAGCAUCUUCUUGACCGAAAAGCUGACAUCGCCAUUUGUGAUCUUACUAUCACCUACGAACGAAGAACAGCCGUAGAUUUCACGAUGCCCUUUAUGACCCUUGGCAUCAGUAUUUUGUACGCUAAACCAGUUCCUCAACCGAAGGACCUUUUCUCGUUCUUGUCUCCACUAUCGCUGGAUGUUUGGAUUUACAUGGCUACCGCUUACCUUGGCGUAUCGGUCCUACUAUUUGUGCUUUCCCGCAUGGCUCCUGCUGAUUGGGAGAACCCUCAUCCCUGUAAAACGGACAACGAAGAGGUGGAGAACAUUUGGGACAUGAUCAAUGCCCUUUGGUUAACUAUGGGAUCCAUCAUGGGUCAAGGUUGCGAUAUUUUGCCCAAAGCCGUUUCAACUCGCGUAGUCGCCGGUAUGUGGUGGUUCUUCGCACUGAUCAUGCUUUCAUCAUACACAGCCAAUCUGGCUGCUUUCCUAACCAUGGAACGUAUGGAUGCUUCAAUCGAAAGUGCAGAUGAUCUGGCCAAACAGAGUAAGAUCAAGUACGGAACGCUGAGUGGUGGAAGUACGAUGAGCUUCUUCCAGAACUCCAACUUCUCCACCUACCAGCGAAUGUGGGCAGCCAUGGAGUCGACUCGACCAUCGGUGUUCACGAAAUCUAAUGAUGAAGGUCGUGAUCGUGUUAUCAAAGGUCGUGGGCUAUACGCUUUCCUGAUGGAAUCUACUUCGCUCGAAUACAUUACCGAACGUUACUGUGAGCUAACACAAAUCGGAGGCCUGCUGGAUUCAAAAGGUUACGGAAUAGCUAUGCCCGUCAACUCUCCGUAUCGAACGGCCAUCUCCGGAGCUGUGCUCAAAAUGCAGGAAGAAGGGAAACUUCAUCAACUGAAACAACGCUGGUGGAAGGAGAUGCACGGAGGCGGUCGAUGCGACGAAGCUGCUACAACUUCGUCCGCAGACAGUGCUGCCGAGCUGGGUAUCGACAACGUCGGUGGUGUAUUCGUGGUACUGGCUAGCGGUUGUUUCUGUGCGUUCGUCCUCGGGAUACUGGAGUUCCUGUGGAAUGUUCGAAAGGUGGCGGUUGAGGAAAAGGUUACACCAUGGGAAGCGUUGAAGGCAGAGCUCAAGUUUGCGGUGAACUUCUCGAUCACCAGCAAACCGGUUCACACCACGCUGAGCGAAUCGUCUUCGGAGAAGAGUUUGUCCCGGUCCAAGUCGGAAUCGCGUAGGGAUUCGGAAUCGGUUGGACAACGAAUGAACAAUAUGAUCCGAGGUUCCAACAGGGACACCAUUGGGUUUGUCUACAAAUGAUUAUCCAGGAAAAAAACUUUCGGAAAGGAAAACAUUUAUUUAUUUAUUUAUGGUAUUUGUACUGGAGGAACAAAGUGUUAGCAUUUGUUACUGUUAUGUAGGUCUGUUUCAGAGUGAAG